AUGGACGUGUCGCGGCUCAUUCACAGCGAGCCGUCGCCAGAGCCGUCGCUGAAGCGCAGUGCCUCGUCGACAUUCGGCUCGGACGAUUUCGAGGAGGGCUCGAGCAGGAAGCGGUCUAGGGAUUCGGACAGGAGCGCGGGCGGUGGGAGGGCCGCGCACGAGGGUGAGUCGCGCCCGGGCGUCGACGGCGGUGCGCUCGCGGACGAGCUCGAGCAGGAGCUGCAGUGCGGGUGCUGCUCCGCACUGGUCUACCGGCCCGUCGUCGUCUCGCCGUGCCAGCAUUUCUUCUGCGGGAGCUGCAUUGUUCUCUGGGUGAAGAACGGUGGCACCAACUGUCCGGCGUGCCGUGGAGUGGCCCUGUCAGUGACCCCCUCGCGAGCCCUGCAAACAAUGGCGGACGUGCUCGUCAAGCACGCGCCAUCCAAGGCCCGAACGAUGAACGAACGAAUGCAGGCGGACGAUAUGUACAAAGCUGGUGCUCUUCGGAUUCCGACGCCCAGACAAGCCUCCCCUGAACCAAGCAUUCCUCAAGGUAAUCUGAACUUUGUUCACCCGUGCCCCCACUGCCUGCCAGGCAACGAAUGGGGCUGGGUCUGCCCCCAACCUAUUCCAAAUCCUGAUACGGAUCCAGAUAAUGCGUGGCAUAGCGAUGACGGUGCGCCUCCUGGCCACGCGUACUGUGGCAAUUGCGAAUGCGUUUUGGCCAUACGAGCACCAUCAACGACGAAAUGUGACUUCUGCCAGGUCUCGUUCUGCGGCAUCGGCAUUCCUGGGCGUUGCGUAGCUGCGCCUCUGCUCUCGCAGCACCUUCACGGCCUCUCUGACCUGGGCGACCUCAUUCAAUGCGGGGAAGUGUAUGACAUCUUCGACGGCAACACCGUUGAAGUCGACAUCAUGUUUGACUAUCUAACAGCGCAGGGCCUGACGCCACGACACAUCUAUCGCGAGGUUGUUACAAUGAUUACUGGCACGCCGCGCGGCUUUGCGCCCCUCAUCGAGUCCGAUCUCUUCAUGGACGUCCACCCAGUCUCCCCGGGCGUCGACCCCGACCCGAGCGCCCCGCGAAACCGGAUCUGCCGCAUGUGCGCGACUGAGGUCCUCCUUUGGGGCUUCAAGGAGUGGUGGGUCCACGAACGCAAGAAGGGCUUUCUCGAGGAGCACAUUUUGCGGCGGCCAGACUGCCCCGAGGGCGUCCAGUGCCAGCGGCAGAAGGACCCCGGUGAGUGCAAGCUGUCCUGA